CGUUUCUGAUCGGAGGGGGUGUUUGAGGUCGUGGCCUCGGACGUCACCGGCAGACGGUAAUAUGGCAGAGAGAGGAGAGCAGCCGGUAUUUUACCGGGGAAUGGCUGCUGUGUGACCCCCGUCACCGUGCAGGCGUGUAGAUGCACAUACGUGUGCCCAGUCCCUCCAAGCUCGCUGCUGCCGUGUUGUGACCUGUUGGGAAACCCAAACACAGCAGCACCAUGGAAACCAACCUGCAGAAGAGGAAGGAAAGCCGGAAGGCCCUGCGGAUUAAAGUGAUCAGCAUGGGCAACGCCGAGGUUGGCAAGAGUUGCGUCAUAAAACGUUACUGUGAGAAACGAUUUGUCCCGAAAUAUCAAACGACUAUCGGGAUAGAUUACGGGGUAACAAAGGUCCAGAUCAGGGAGCGGGAGAUUAAAGUUAAUAUAUUUGACAUGGCAGGGCACCCGUUUUUCUAUGAGGUUCGCAACGAGUUUUACAAGGACACUCAGGGGGUGGUCCUGGUCUACGACGUUUGCCUCCGGGACUCCUUCGACUCUCUGGAUGCCUGGCUGGCCGAGAUGAAGCAGGAGCUCGGUCCUCAGGGCAACAUGGAGAACAUUGUAUUUGUUGUGUGUGCUAACAAGAUCGACUGCACGAAGCAUCGCUGCGUGGACGAAAGCGAGGGCCGCCUCUGGGCCGAGAGCAGGGGCUUUAUAUAUUUUGAGACGUCGGCACAGAGCGGGGAAGGAAUCAAUGAAAUGUUCCAGUCUUUUUACUCUGCCAUCGUAGACAUGUGUGAAAACGGCGGCAAGCGCCCCACGUCCUCCAUCAACAUCGGAUUCACCAAGGAGCAAGCCGACACGAUCCGCAGAAUCCGCAACAGCAAAGACAGCUGGGACAUGCUGGGGGUGAAGCCCGGGGCCACCAGAGAUGAAGUAAAUAAAGCGUACCGGAAGUUGGCGGUCCUCCUUCACCCGGACAAGUGCGUGGCUCCCGGCAGCGAGGACGCCUUUAAAGCCGUGGUGAACGCUCGCACGGCCCUGCUGAAGAACAUUAAAUAGAUGACAGCCC